AUGUCGCAACACAUGGCUGCGAAGUAUUUGCGUGAAUCGCGCAAGCGAGCGAAGGAGCAGGAACCUGAGCGUCCUCCGAAACAUGCCAAAACCGCCGCCGAGAGAGCUCGUUGUUAUCGGGCGAACAAAAAAGCGGUCAAAGUGUUUCCUCCUGUCUUCAACGAACCUGGCGUCGGCACUUCGAUGGCGCUUUCCAACGAUGGUGCCGCUAUCGUUGCUGGCAUAGAAAAUGAUAGAGCGAUUACAUUUCGCAACAUUUCGAAUUUUGGUCGUGCUGAUCGCGAAUUCAACAAACGGUUCUUGGGGAAUGCGUUCGGUGCUGUUUGCGAUAUAUGCGACAGAUUAUGGUUUGCGAACGACUUAAAACCAUUGACGCUAGCGGGUGCGGCAGUGUUAAUCGACAGCGGAUCGUUCCACUCGGUCGAUGGAUUUUCCGCUUGUCAAACUUGCCGGAGUAACCUCAAAGAAGGAAAAGUACCAUCGAUGGCAAAAUCGAAUGGAUUCACAUUUCCGAACAAACCCUCGGGAUUACCUCCACUAGAUGUCAUCACGGAACGAUUGAUUUCCCCACGCCUAAUCUUCAUGCAGAUUCGACGACUGCGCUUUGCGUCAGGCAGUUAUUCCAUUAUCGGACAAGUCAUCAACUGCCCUGUGGAUGUUGCUGAAAUGAUCCGAUCGCUUCCACGUCAGCUGGAUGACGAUCAGGCGUUCAAUGUGUUCAUCAAGAAGCAUGCCAUUCAUAAGUCGUCAUACUUGUCCGGAUUCAUGAAGAAGGCCACCGCUAAAUCCUGGCUUACCUAUUUGGUGAAUACACCACUAUAUCGUCGGUACGGCGUUACUAUCGAUCAGGAUGCCCUAGAAGGAUUAGAGCCAGAUAGACCAACAGCUCAAGUUGAUCUGGAGAUCAUCUCAGGCGAUAACGAGUCGGAGUUGUUACUUGGGCAACAAGAAACUCUCCUCUGGAAUGAGGAUAUGUGCUUGGAAAUCGCGCCUGCACAACACAAGGUUCCUCUGUCGAUUAUAUAUGACGAGCACGCCGAAGAACUUGCAUUUCCUGCCAUAUAUUAUGGCCACCCUCGGGAAUUCAAAUCAGGUGUGAGAGUGACCUACUUUAUGAUAGCGUCAAGUGAAACUCGCCGCCAGGAUAGACGUGGGGCAAAACCUCGCCAUUUGCUGUACAUGGCAAUGAAGGUACUUCGCUUGAGAGUUUCCGAAGGCUUGCAAUGCACUUUUAAGUGCAUGGGGACUGCAAACAUUACACGUGCCAACCUCAAUGACCGAGACUUCAUGGAGCAAUGCAUAGAGCGAGAUCUGUCCUUCCUUAAGUCGAUUCCGAACUCUGUGCAGUAUUGGCAGCAGCGGAAGAAGGAUUUGUUUGCCAUGAUGCGGCAGUUAGGAAAGCCAACGAUGUUCCUCACGCUUAGCGCAAAUGAGAUGAAGUGGCCCCACUUGCUUAAACUCCUGCAUCGGCUGUCAGAAGGAUACAAUGGUAGUGAUCUGACGGAUCCCAUGCAGGAGCUGACUGCGUUACAACGGGCAACACUAGUCAAUGACGAUCCGGUUACCUGCUGUGUGUACUUUAAUAAGCUCGUGGACACGAUAAUGCUAUUGUUAAAGUCACAAACAUACAGUCCUUUUGGAAAGUAUCGUGUUAUCGAUUAUUUCAAGCGCAUCGAAUUUCAGCACCGUGGUAGUCCCCACGCUCACAUCUUGCUGUGGUUAAAGAACGAUCCUCGUGAAACUAUCGGUGAAAGUAUGCCAGACACCGUACAUCUGAUUACAGAUCUCUGUUCCGUAAGCGUUGGAGAUCUGCCGGACACAUAUGGCUACCAGGUUCACAAGCAUACUUUCACCUGCUUCAAGAGGAAUGAAAAGCACUGCCGAUUUGGUAUUCCAUACUGGCCGAUGGAUGAGACUCGUGUGCUAAUUCCUGUUCCAUCAGAUGAUAAGCGUCGUGAUCAGCUCCUCAGGAAGAGCAAAACAAUGCGAGAAGCUUUGGAAACAAAGUCAUAUGCUACUCUGGAAGCAUUCCUUCUCGACUGUAACUGUGCGCCUGACAAGUAUCUUGAAGUGCUUCGUGCGUCAAUUCGUCGUCCAACAGUGUUCCUUAAGCGAUCUAUGAAUGAACUAUGGACGAAUCCGUUCAAUCCAUGGAUAGCAAGCCAUCUCUGCUCCAACAUGGAUCUGCAGUUCAUUCUAGACGAGUACUCCUGCGCGGCGUACGUAGUUGAAUAUGUUAAUAAAACCAACCGUGGUCUCAGCUGCCUACAACGUGAUCUCAUCAAACUGCAAGAAGAGUUUCCCGAUCUGGAUUUCACCGCGCUGUUGAAGAAGAUUAGUAUUAAACUUCUAAAUUCGGUAGAAAUGUCCGCCCAAGAGGCAGCUUGGUAUCUGUUGCGUCAACCGAUGUCCGAAGGAAGCCGUGCGACGCAGUUUAUUCCAACAAUGUGGCCCCACGAGCGCAUCAAGUCCCGGAAACAAAACAAGCGCAUGGAUGAAGAAGGUAUCUCCGAUGAUUCGACUGAAGUAUGGACGCUGAACAUUGUUCAGAAGUACGAGGCACGUAAUGAUUUGGAUGAUCUGUGUCUAGCUGAUUUUGCAGCCUAUUAUACCAAGGAGCGGAGUAGCAGCAAUACAUACAAAGCUCGUGCUGUUCCUCGUGUACUGCAAUGGGUCGGUUAUGACAUGUCGAAACUGUCGGAGUACAAACGUGAAAUGGUGUUACUGUUUGUACCAUUUCGUAACGAGAUGUGCGAUAUACUAGACCAAAACAACUUCUUGCAACUCUAUGACCAACACGAAUCAUCCAUUCUCGCGAAGCGAAAAGAGUACGAUUGCAACUUGAAUCUAGAGCACAUUAUUGAGGAGUACCUGCAAAUAUGCGAUGAAGAUGAGCCAGCCGCACAAGAGACGGUAGCAACGGAGAAGCGCAACGAAUGCACAAGAACGAUCGCCAUGGAGCCCAACAAUGACGACAUCCGCAUAUUGCCAGCCAAUGCUUUAUCAGCCGUCAUAAAACAAAGAACAUCGGUGAUGAGUAAGCAAGAUUACUGUGCCAUGGUACGAAAAACAAAUUCAGAGCAGCGAGACCUAAUAUUACAGGUUAUCGACAACCUGCAUUGUUUUGACGACAGUAGAAAACCACUGCAGCUGUUCUUCACCGGACCGGCAGGGUGCGGCAAAACGUUCACGCUUCACAUUCUGAUGGAGACGUAUAAUCGUUUUAGCCAAGCUCACAACUCGCAAAAUAAUGCCUAUGUUGCCUGUGCAUCCACUGGAAAGGCCGCUGUGGCUAUUGGAGGAACAACUGUGCAUUCGGCGUUCCACAUAACCAUGGAUCGGAGGCAUCAAGGAAAGCUUGGGUUUGAAUUGCUACAACUGUAUCGGCAUUCAUUUGUAAACAUCAAGCUGAUCAUUAUUGAUGAAGUCAGCAUGAUAGGUGCAAACAUUCUCAAUACAGUUCAUGCACGACUUAAAAGCAUUACAGGCGAUUAUGAUCUUCCAUUCGGUGGAAAGGCCGUAAUUUUAUGUGGAGAUUUCGACAGCUUCCCCGUGAUGCGACAAACUGAUGUUGAGUUUUCCUCGAUACUCACGAAAAUCGGAAAUGGCGACCGGUUGUCUGACGACGAGACGAAACUCAUCGAAAGCAGGUUCCGCACAGUUGAAUGGUGUAAAGAGAAUAUCCCAAACGCAAUUCGCUUAUAUCAUCGCAACUGUGCUGUUGACGCUUAUAACCACGAUGCUUUAAGCAAUCGGGAUGGAUUGGAUUACACUGCCGAGGAUGUAAUCACCGGAUAUCAAGAUGCUGCUCAGCUGGCAAGUGCUCGUACCAAGCUGUACAAAAUGAGUGUCGCUGAAACAGGAUGUCUUCCAUAUCUUUUACGAUUGGUCAUUGGGAUGUCGUACAUGAUAACGACCAACGUAGAAGUAGAAGACGGUAUCGUAAAUGGGGCAAUUGGUGAACUCAAGUACAUUGAACACACCGACGACGAUCCUCAGCAGUUACCGUUUCGCUUGUGGUUCAAGUUUGAAAAUGACGCUGUUGGAGUUAAACUUCGGGUGAAAUCCAGGCCAGUUGUGUUUUCCAAACCUGGCGUGCUGCAGCAGGAUUGGACUCAAUUGGCAAGCGAUCCACUAACAUUAAACUGA